AUGCUCUCCUCAAACAUCUCCGCCAUGUCGUUUGCUUUCAUGUUUCAGGGCCUCCAAAGCGUAUUCGCAAAGCCCGCCUGCACAGACCAUACGUUCCGCUCCGUAGAGCUCGCCAAUGCCAAGAUUCUGUCUAUCGUCACCAAUCUCACCACCAUCGAGCUGCCGUCUUUCCCAACCAAUGAAUGGCCCAAUAACUCAACGGAUCCGUUUCCCGUGUGCCAAGUCACAGUCCAGUACACGCACCCAGGCUGGAAUGACACCAUCAACACAUACGUAACACUGCCGGUGUCAGGCUGGAACGGGCGAUUUGUUGGAGUAGGCGGCGGCGGCUGGUCAACGGGAGACAUACCCGACCUUGCUCAACCUGCGUCCAACGGAUAUGCCGCUGUCACUACAGAUGGCGGCCACCUCUUAGCUAACAGGCAGGGAUUGGAUUGGGCUUUGGAUAGCACUGGAAACCUCAAUUGGCCUGCCUUGCAGAACUUUGCAGCUGUCUCUCUGGACGAUGCAGCGACGUUGGGAAAGGCUGGAUGUUCUACAGGUGGACGGCAGGGCCAUAUGAUGGCACAGAGAUAUCCAACGCAGUAUAAUGGCGUUCUUGCUACCGCGUCUGCUUUCAACUGGGACAAGUUCGUAACAUCGGAGUACUGGCCGCAAGUUGUUAUGCACAAGCUCGGCUACUACCCUCCAAUCUGCGAGCUCACCGCUAUAACCAAGGCUGCUAUUGAUGCAUGUGAUCAACUUGAUGGAGUCAAAGAUGGUGUUAUCUCGAACCCAGAUCUCUGCAAGUUUGAUCCCAUGUCUGUCGUUGGUAAAUCCGUAGAAUGUACCAAUCCCUCUGGCACAAUCAAGAUUUCCAAGAAGGGUGCUGAGGUCGCUCGCUUGACAUGGCGCGGCCCCGAGACAGAAGAUGGCAAGUUUCUUUGGUAUGGACUUGAUCGUGGCGCCGACUUGAGUGGUCUUGCCAACACAACCUGCACAUCGCUGAAGGACUGCACCUCAAGUCCCUUCGCCAUUUCUCAAGAUUGGCUCACCACUUUCCUCCUUCAAGACCAAUCAGCAAGUCUGGAUGAAUUGUCCCACGAAGAGUACAGCAAGCUCUUCCGGCAAUCCGUCAACCGAUUUGCCUCAGUCAUGGGGACAUCAGACCCGGAUCUGACAGACUUCAAGAAGGCAGGAGGAAAAUUAAUCUCGUGGCACGGAACAGCAGAUCAACUCAUCCCACACAAAGGAUCAGCGGAUUACUACAAGCGCGUUCUUAAAGAGGACUCCAGCGCGACGGAUUACUACAGGUUCUUUGAAGCUCCAGGUGUUGGGCACUGCAAAGGUGGCGAUGGAUGGUAUCCCGGAAGUGCCUUUGAUGCUCUUGUCAAGUGGGUUGAGCAUGGUAAAGCGCCUGAGACCCUGUAUGCGGAGACUGUCGGCACGGAAAAGCGACGAGCUGUUGAGUUGUGCGCUUAUCCGAAGCGGCUGACCUACAAGGGCGGCAACCCGGAUGUCGCAUCCUCUUUUACGUGCAAGUAA